UCCACAGCUGACAGCACUUGUUUUAAUUAACUGCAUUAGCUACUCACAUAAAAGGUCCAGGUGGCCUGAGUGCAGGAAUAUAGUCAGAAUGAUGUUCUUUAUCAACAGUGCUCUGUUUUUGAUGCUUGUGUCCACAACUGUGGCCCAAACAGGAGUUCCACAGUUAAGAUACAGUGUAGAUCAGUGGACCAUCUCUGUGGAGAUUCCACAAACUUAUGACUCGGAUGAGCUGCAGACCUAUGACUCGGAUGAGCUGCAGACCUAUGACUCGGAUGAGCUGCAGACCUAUGACUCGGAUGAGCUGCAGCCUUAUGACUCGGAUGAGCUGCAGCCCUAUGACUCGGAUGAGCUGCAGCCCUAUGACUCGGAUGAGCUGCAGACCUAUGACUCGGAUGAGCUGCAGCCCUAUGACUCGGAUGAGCUGCAGACCUAUGACUCGGAUGAGCUGCAGACCUAUGACUCGGAUGAGCUGCAGACCUAUGACUCGGAUGAGACUCCUGGUGUAGAGGAACAAGGUCAACUGAAGGUGUGUCCAGUCUGGCUCUUGUUACUGGUGGUCCCUCUAGUGUUGCUGACUGCUAUGGGAGCUUUGUCUGUGGGCUACUACAUGUGUGUGUGGAGGGGUGGUAGAAUAGGCUACUGGCCCAGCAGAGGCCUAUUAACAAAAUGUUAACAAAUUUGCUUUCUGUUCUGAUUGGUUUGACAAUAAAUGAUUACAUAAAUGUU